AUGGCCGUCGCCCUCCUCGCCCGCAACAAGGACGCCCUCGAUGCCCUCGCCUCUGAGCUGCGCACAUCCUCCAGCGGCGGCAUCCUCCAGCCCUUUGCCACCAAUACCAACCCCGACCGCCUCAAGGCCACCUUUGCCCAGAUCGCCGCAGAGCCCGCCUUCAAGGACCUCAAGCUGACCCUGGCCAUCUAUCACGUCCGCAAUGCCGCCCGCAAGCCCUUCCUCGAGGAGACGCCCGAGGCCUUCAACGAGACCAUGCAGACCUACACCACCGGCGCCGUCGUCUUCGCCCAGGAGGCCCUCAAGCUCAUGUACGCCCAGCACGGCGGCCAGACGCCCCUCGCCGAGACCGCGGGCGUCGUCAAGGGCACCAUCAUCUUCACGGGGACGCUGGGAGCCCUCCGCACGAACCAGAACUAUGCGUCGUACGGGGCCUCGCGUGCCAGUGUGCGCAUGGUCGCCCAGGCCAUCGCCAAGGAGCAUAG